UCAAAGGUAUUUCUCCAGUUUGGGAGUGUCAAGCACAAGCCCAACUCAUAUCUGUGCAAUGUGGAACUUCAUUGAUAGGGGAGGAGAAGAUGGACAGGGUGGAGGAGAUGGGGGAGAAGAUGGAGUAGAAGGAGAUGGAGGAGGAGAUGGAGUAGGAGAUGGAGGAGGAGAUGAGGUGGCCGGAGAUGGAGUAGGAGGUGGGCUAGGAGAUGGAGGAGGAGAUGGAGCAGGAGAUGGAGGAGGAGAUGGAGUAGGAGGAGAUGGAGUAGCCAAUGGAGGAGGAGAUGGAGUAGGAGGAGAUGGAGGAGGAGAUGGAGUAGGAGAUAGAGGAGGAGAUGGAGUAGGAGGAGAUGGAGGAGAUGGAGUAGGAGAUGGAGGAGGAGAUGAAGUGGGCGGAGAUGGAGUAGGAGAUGGAGUAGGAGAUGGAGUUGGAGAUGGGGUAGUAGGUGGGGUAGGAGAUGGAGUAGGAGAUGGAGUAGGAGAUGGAGUAGGAGAUGGGGUAGGAGAUGGAGUAGGAGGAGAUGGAGUAGGAGGAGAUGGAGUAGCAAAUGGAGGAGGAGAUGGAGUACGAGAUGGAGGACAAGAUGGAGGACGAGAUGGAGGAGGAGAUGAAGUAGGAGGAUAUGGAGUAGGAGAUGGAGUAGGAGAUGGAGUAGGAGAAGGAGGACGGGAUCAUCGAGAUGGAGGAGGAGAUGAAGUAGGAGGAGAUGGAGUAGGAGGAGAUGGAGUAGGAGGAGAUGGAGUAGGAGGAGAUGGAGUAGGAGAUGGAGGAGGAGGAGGAGGAGGAGUAGGAGAUGGAGGAGGAGAUGGAGGAGGAGGAGAUGGAGGAGGAGGAGAUGGAGUAGGAGAUGGAGUAGGAGAUGGAGGAGGAGAUUGAGGAGAUGGAGUGCAUGGAGAUUGAGGAUGACAUGGAUGAGGAGAUGGAGUAGGAAAUGGAAAAGGAGAUGGAGGAGGAGAUGGAGUACGAGAUGCAAGAGGAGAUGUAGUACGAGGAGAUGGAGGAGGAGAUGGAGUAGGAGAUGGAGGAGGAAAUGGAGGAGGAGAUGGAGUACGAGAUGCAGGAGGAGAUGGAGUACGAGGAGAUGGAGGAGGAGAUGGAGGAGGAAAUGAAGUAGGAGAUGGAGGAGGAGAUGGAGUUGGAGGAGAUGGAGGACAUGAAGGAGUAGAAGAUCAAUCAAACAAUCAAUCAAUCAAUCAAUGAAGU